GCAGCAGUAGCAGCAGCGCCGGGCGGGGGGACGCGGCGGCCCCGCAUCGCGCCCGGGGCGGUCGCAGGCGGGAGCGCCCGCUGGGCGGUGCCGCUGGGGCGGGAGGCUCCUCCGGCUCCACCGGGGAAGCCCGCCGGCCUCCUCGCGGUAUAAAAAAUACAUAAAAAAUAAAAAUGAGUGAACGAGACCAUGGAACAUUCUUUACAACUCAUAGGAUUAAUGAUGUAGAAAAUCGGGUGAUUCCUAUGAGAAAUGGUCUUUGCAGCCAGAAGUAUAAACCUGUUGACUACAAACAUCUAUAUAAACUCGCUGCAGUAGAAAAAAUGGCAUCUGCAAAAAUUCAGUUAAAGAUUAAAAAAACAGAGCAAGCUUCAAAAUUUAACAAAGAGCAAAUGCUGCUGAAACAGCAUCGGCAAGUGUGGUGGCAAGAGCACAAAAGACUGAGUGAGAACAGGCAAAAAGCAGAAGCAGAAAUAAAGACUUUUCUUGACGAAGAAAGCCAUAAGCACAACUUUUUUUUGGAUAUGAGGGACUUUGACCAUAAAUUGUCAAAGGAGCGGGAUACAUACCAAACAAAUACUGUAGUUCCUAUCUGGCAACUAAAAGAGAAUUUGAAGUUCAGGCUCUCUGAAAUGCAGCAUUACCUCUCAGAAGAAUCUUGUCUGAAAUCCUGGAUCAAUCCAGUUGAGAUGUUACAGCAGAUCAGAUUUGUGAAGAAGCAACAGAAGGCAAUUUUGGAAUUCCUUAUCCUUGAAAGUCUGGCUUUGGAAAGAGAGCUUGAAGACUAUAAAAAAAAAGCAUUAGCGCAUUCUUUUGAAGAGAAAAAUGGACUUUGCCUUGAAGUUCCUUCAGCACUACUGUCUUUGGAAUGCCCCUACCCUGAUUUGAAGACCUUAGUUAUCAAUGAAUACCAAAAGCUUGCAAGUGGGUACUGGUCUAAGCUUCAAGAGAUUGAGCAACAGUUAAAAGUUUUAUAUAGGAACAUUGAAUGGAAGGAAGAAGAUCAGUGGGUUUUUCAGACUGUGAUCAAUCAGUAUCCAAGUGAUCUUCAGAGGAGGAGGACUUUGUACCUCGAUGUGCUGCAGAGAUACCUUCCUCACAAAUCUAGGCAUGAUCUGGUUGUUCAUGAGAAAGCUUGGGAUCGUUACCAUUUCAUUAGGAAUCAGCGCAGAGUCUUGAUAUUAAAUUGGGCUCAAGCUAGGAAAGCCUUUUUACUUAAGGCAGUGGCAACUGUUGCUGAAGCCUCUGCUGCUCAUGAGACAGAAGUGGUGUUGGCUAAUACCAGACAAAAGCAACAGGAGAUUUGUGCUGAUCUGAAAGCAAAGGUUCUACAGUGGAAAGCACAGCAGGAAGAGGCUGCUAAACUAGAAGCUGCUGUAGCUGCCAGAAGAAAAGAAAAGGAAGAUGAGAAAGAAAGGCUACAGAAAGAACUGGAAAUGAUUCGUAGAGCUCAGGAGAAAGAGAAAGUGAAAAAGUACUGGGCUGAGAAACAGCUCAAGUGGCAAGAACAGGAAGAGAAAGAUCUACAACGUCUGGAGGAAUUAAGAAAAUUAAUGGCUGAACAAGCAGUUAAAGACAAAGAAAGGGUAAAGUUUAGACAAGCAUUACUAGAAAAACGGUUGCUGGAGAAAAAGCACCUGGCCCUUAAAGAAGCACAUGAAGAAAGGGAAAAAGAGAAAUGCCUUGAAGCACUCCGACAACAGGUUGCCGUUGUUGCAAAAUUAGAUCCAGCUAGAGUAGUGGCUGAUACGGUGGCAUCUAAAGCUCGGAUGGGCAUUGGAACCAAAGAAGAGUUUGAUCUUCAGAAGCCACUGUUUAAGUUGCACACAUACAGUGAACAGCAGAUCAUUUCUGACCCUAGACUUCGUGUUGAGCUAGCUCUUCGAGAAGCUGGACUUCAUAAAACACUUUAUGCAAAAGAGAUUUUACCCAAAAUUCCCCCACUGAAGCUUCCAAGAAGAGAUAUGGAAUCUACAGCUUUUAAAAUGUAGAGCGCCUCUCAUAUCAGGAGUAGAGAAGCUUCAGGGGUAUCGUCUGGCCUAUAAUGUGAAAUCUUUAAAUAAAUUUCCCUUGGGCUGUGUCAUAGAA